AAAAAAACGCAAUCCUUAUUAACAAAUAGUAAAUUCUAUUUUUAUAUGUACUCCGACUACUCCGUUUACUUCUCCGGCGAUUCUCUCUCUCUCACUAAAACUUUCUCUCUCUCUCUCUAAAACUCAUUCAUCGAAAUAGUUCGUUGUCCGAAUCUCAAGGCCUAUAUAUAUAUAUAGAAUAACAUUUAUAUAUAGUAAGUAUUAUUUUUUUAAUUAUCCGAAUGUGAAGGCCUUUUGUGUAGAGAGAGCAAAGUAGUUAAUUAUUUGACCGAAUCUGUGCCAAUGGAAGUCGAAACUAGCGGCGUUUCAAAUUUCAAUAGAGAACUCCUCGACAUGUCAAGUUGUGAACUCUCGGAGCUUCGUAUUCCCCAUUUUCGGAGCUCCGACGACGAUAAUAUGGAGUUUCAAGGAUUCGGUUCUCCGGUUGCUCAAUGUGAUGAUAAAAAAAGUAUCGCUGAGUUUCCGAUUUCUCCGUCGGAACCACCGGGAAAUGGUGGUGGAGAGACGACGGAUGCUGCGAAAAGAGUGCAGAAAGUUUACCGGAGUUAUCGUACGAGGCGUAUGUUAGCUGAUUCUGCUGUGGUUGCUGAAGAGCUUUGGUGGCAAGCAAUAGAUUAUGCUCGGUUGAAUCACAGUACAAUUUCUUUCUUCAAUUAUUUGAAGCCGGAGACUGCAUUUUCACGGUGGAAUCGCAUCGGCUUAAAUGCUUCCAAGGUUGGUAAAGGUUUGUCUAAAGAUGCUGAAGCUCAGAUAUUAGCUUUUCAACACUGGAUUGAGGCUAUUGAUCCACGUCAUCGGUAUGGGCAUAACCUGCAUAUAUAUUAUGAAGAAUGGUGUAAAACUGAUGCUGGCCAACCCUUCUUCUUCUGGUUGGAUCUUGGAGAUGGCAGAAAGGUUGAUCUCAAAGAAUGUCCACGAGCUAAGCUCCAGAAACAAUGCAUCAAGUAUCUUGGACCUCAAGAGAGACAACAUUAUGAAUACAUAAUUGCUGAAGGACAAAUACUGCAUAAGCUAAACAGAAAUCUUCUUGACACAACUAAAGGGCCGCCAGGGGAAAAAUGGAUCUUUGUGAUGAGCACCUCAAGAAGACUCUAUGCUGGUGUGAAAAAGAAAGGAAUGUUUCAUCAUUCCAGCUUUCUGGCUGGUGGGGCUGCUUUAGCUGCUGGACGACUCGUGGUACAGGAUGGGACUGUAAAGUCUAUUUCACCUUACAGUGGACAUUAUCGGCCAACAGAUGAUAGCCUUGAAACCUUUCUAUCGAUUCUCAAGGAUAAUGGAGUCAACGUGGAUGAAGUUGAUAUAAAAAAGGCAAAUGAAGACUACGACACCUCCGAAGAUGUAAAAUCUGCUAAAAGAAGUCUGUCUAAACUUACAACUCUAUCAGACUCUCCUCCGCAAGCAGUGAAGGAAGAGGAGAAAGACCGUUCUACAGAAUCAAUCGAACCACUACAAGUUGAGAGUAAGCCAAGUAGCUACCAGCGAACGCUCUCAGGUGGCCUUCAAAGUCCGAGAAGAGAAGUACCAAAGACUGCUAUACUAGAAAGGAUCAAUUCCAAGAAGUCUACACAAUCAUAUCAACUCGGCCAUCAACUCUCCCGAGGGUGGUCAACAGGUGCCGGUCCAAGAAUUGGCUGCAUUGCCGAUUACCCUGCUGAACUUAGAUGGCAAGCGUUGGAACUUACUAACGUUUCACCUAAACCUUCUCCAUCAUCCACUCCUAGACCCAUCGAUGCUCUUUGUUCACCUACAUGUUCGUCGCCAGUUUCUGGCAAUGUACUCGUAAAGUCUUCUUGAACCCGAACCCUUUGUUUUGCAUGUUGCUGCUAUAAUAUGCUCUAGUAAGUGUAAAUGCCAUGUCCUCUUCAGCUAUUGAACUUAACAUAUUAUGUGCAAUGUCCUUAAGGGCUGUUUAUUGAAUCGACGAAGUAUGGGUAAAGUUUGCGUA